ACCCUCCCCCAGAAUGAGAUUCGCCAUGCUAUUGGUCCAGGUUCCAUAACACAUGCACUGCAGCUAAUCUAACCUGAAACCAUUUGAGGAGAUAGAAGCCAAGAUUUGAAGAAUGAAGACUUUUGUAAAUCUAUGUCUGGGAAUUUUUAUACUUCACACAGCCUUAGCUGCUCCCCCAACAGACGCCAUAAACUAUGACACGGAUACAUAUGAGGAUGUAUUGGACAGCCUUUAUGACUAUGACGAAAAUCCUAUUGUUGAUCAAGGAAAGAUAGAGAUUGGGACUGUUUUACCAGUUGUGAACAGGCCGAUCCUUUCACCAGAACGGGUUCCAGAGGAAACAGAAGAAGCAGAAGAAUCAACUCCAAAAUUAAUUGAUGGUUCUUCACCACAGGGACCCUUGACUCCUGGAGUCCUAGGUCCAGACACAAAUGGAGGCAUUUCACCGACAUGUAUUCUGUGUGCUUGUCUCAUUACAACUGUUUACUGCGAUGACCACAACCUCGAUACAAUCCCUCCUCUUCCCAAAGAAACCACCCAUGUCUACUUGCGUUUCAACAGAAUAAGCAAAAUAAGCAAACAUGACUUUAACCAUCUAACUAAAUUAAAGAAGAUAGAUUUGUCAUCAAACAUCAUAGCUGAGAUCGAUGAAGAUGCCUUUAGGAAUCUGCCACAACUGUCUGAGCUCAUACUCCGAGAUAACAACAUAAGGCAACUUCCAGAGCUUCCCAACACCAUGAAUUUCAUUGAUGUCAGCAACAACAGACUUGGCCCCAAAGGAAUAAAGCAAGAGGCAUUCAAAGACAUGGAAGAUCUUCACAUUUUGUAUUUAACCAAUAACCACCUGAACCACAUCCCUAUACCUCUUCCUGACAACCUGCAGUCUCUUCACCUACAAGAUAACAACAUCCAGGAAAUGCAUGAGGAUACUUUCUGCAAAAUGAAGGACUGGACAUAUGCUCGCAGGGCUCUUGAAGACAUUAGACUGGAUGGCAACCCCAUCAACCUGAGCAGAACACCCCAAGCCUUCAUGUGUCUGCCUCGUAUUCCAAUAGGCAGACUUGUCUAAACUGGAGGAAUACCAAAAACACAGCUAUAAAAACUCACUACUAAGUCACUGACAUGGCAGUCUAGAGCAUAUAAGAUAUUGCAGUGUCAAAUACAACAUGAUAAAGAAGCUGUGUAUAAUUGGAUGCUAUUCAAAUUAACCAUUUUUUGCAAACCAAAGCAAAAUGGAUUGAGGAAAGAAAAUCAAAAAUAAAUGUCAAAUGUUCAAUACUAUAAAAAAAUUGAAAGGGCAAAAAAAGGGAAAAUAGUAUGCGCAGUACUGUACAUAAUGUAUUAAGCAUUAAUGUGAUUUGUACCUGAUUGUACCUGCUGCAAAGACCUCUCAUUUGUUAACAUUGUGUGCUACCUAAUUAUUUCACUAACCUGAUUGGUGCUAGCUAAUAUAAAUGUGCAACUCAUUAAACAUGGAUAAUGAAGCCUGGAUUUACAAAGAAAAAAGGGACUUAGUAAAUAUCAGGCUGACUGUAUAGAAUUUACUAUUUUUUUUGUAAAUGCAAAAGGAAUGAAAGUUUCCUAUAAAUCUAAAUUUUGAUAUUAUUUUAACUACAGAGUUAGUUUUCUAAUUGUCACAAAAUUCAACAUCAGACUUUUAUGUGUACCUUAUGUGACAUAUACUGUAAUUUUCCAAAAACACAAAUCUCAUCAACUUCAUUAAAGUUCUUCACCGGA